AUGAAAACCCUGCACCUGUUGCUGAUACUGCUGCCGCUGCUGCUAUGGCUCUCCCUUUGUGUGGAAGGUAUCAGGAAAAGCGCGAACAGAAAAAAGGAAAGCAGUUUAAUAAAAACAGCUCAGAAAAAGCUUUGUCGAUUUAAACGCCGAUAUGAAAAAUCAUUCAAAUUGAAGGAAGACGAGGUGCUGGGUAGGUACGAACUGAAAGCUUACUUCUUCUUUGAUGAAUCCUUCGAAAAAAGAUUCAAAUGGAAUUUGUAUUACAAAUUCUGCAAAAGCAGUAGAAGUGGCAUCUGCGAUUAUGUUAAGUUACGAAGGAGAUUCGAAAAAUGGUACGGGGACAAAUCCUUUUCGAUCAAAAAAUACAUGUCUCAAGUGACCUUAGUUUAUAAUCAGUUCUAUAGUAAGUACUCUAUACUGCAGUUCGACUUGACCUUAGAUCCCCAGGGCGUUUUAAAAAUUUCGAAAAUACCUAACUUGUCCGAUAUAUUAAUGGAAUCCUUGAAUGAGAUGAUUACUCGACAGAAGCUGAAACCUCCAUCGGACAGUCCCUCCUGGCGGCUAUCCUUUAACUACGUUACCGGGAUGAAGAAGCUCGUUGCGAAGAUCCCUGCGCAGGUCCCAGGCAUGAAUUUUUACUUCUUCUUCGUCAUCCCAGCUUAUAAAUACUACUACUCACGCUUGUUUACGGACAUCGGAGACAUCUUCUUCAAAUACGAGUGGGGAAUUCGAAAGUACAAUGUUGGCUACUUCACCAUGGAGGCUAUGUAA